AUGUCUUUACCCUUCCCAAACGUCUAUCAUCUCCGAACAGUAGCUGAAGCUUCAUCCAAGGCCUGCUAUGUGUGUCACAGACCCUCCGUCAAAGUGCUGAUCACCCCUGACAACAAAGAUUUCUUCUAUGUCUGUGUUUCCCACCUUAGCGACAGAGGAUUUGCUUCCCCUGUUGUAGACGCCGACGCGGAAGCCGCCAAGAAGAAAAAGGAAUGGAUGGACAAAGAAAUCGAGAAGAUCAAGCAGGAAUACGAGGAGAAACAGCGCAAGAAGAAGGCUAAGAAAAAGGGUAAAGACGACGACAAAGACAAAAAGAAGGACGAUGAUGACGACGACAAGGCUGAGAAAGAAAGGGAUGACAAGAUCAAAGCCAUACAAGCUGGUGCAAGCACGAACGACAAACCAGAAGAUAUCCCUCGUGUCUAUGCCCUGCACAAAAAUUUUUAUCAAAUGCGAAUCGACCGAUUGCGCAACCUGGAGGUUGCAAAACGGAACCAACAGCGCAUGAAAGACCCCAGUUUCUUCCCUGCAGCGCCGAAAGGCGACAUCUCAUGA